AUGACCCUCGAAUCCGCCCAGGACAACCGCCCGCUCGGGGUGGCGCGGGCUGCAAUCGAGCAGAGUCCCCUACCUCAGCCGCGCGAGAGCGGAGAUCCUUUGCUUCCAAAGGACUCCAAUGACCUUCAGCUCGAGGCAAAAUCCUCACCCUUUGCCAAAUCAUGGGCGCAUUUCGUAGCUGGCGCAAUGGGCGGGACAGCCGCCGCAACUCUAACAGCGCCGUUCGAUGUGUUGAAGACCCGGCUGCAAUCUGACUACUACCACCAGCAAUUGCUCGCCUCCCGAGCUGCCCGCGGCGUCCCUUCUCCGGCAUCCAUGUCGUUCACGCGAAGCGCACUCCUCCACUUCCGCGAAACGUUCCAAAUCCUUUUCGCCAUCCCGCGGACAGAAGGCUGGCGCGCGCUGUUCAAGGGACUGGGUCCCAACCUGGUCGGAGUCGUUCCUGCGCGCGCAAUCAAUUUCUACACGUACGGCAAUGGAAAGCGCGUGCUCAGCACAUACUUCAACGACGGGAAGGAGUCGGCAUGGGUGCAUCUCUUCGCCGCAGCGACCGCCGGUGUCGUGACGGGCACUGCGACAAACCCGAUCUGGCUAGUCAAGACAAGACUGCAGCUGGACAAGUCCCACGCGAAGUCCCAGGGCGGCAGGCAGUACAAGAACGCGCUGGAUUGCACCAUGCAGACGAUUCGGCAAGAGGGCAUUCGCGGGCUUUACAAGGGUCUCACCGCGAGCUACCUGGGCGUGUCGGAGAGCACGAUGCAGUGGGUGUUGUACGAGCAGAUGAAGCUGGGGCUGGCCAACAGGCAGCAGCGGCUGGAGGCUUCGGGCCGCGAGCCCAACGCGUGGGACAAGACUGUGCAGUGGACUGGAGGUGUCGGUGCCGCGGGUUUUGCAAAGUUCAUCGCGACGAUUCUGACAUAUCCUCACGAGGUGGUGCGGACGCGGCUGCGGUUGGCGCCGAUGGAGAACGGCCACCACAAAUACACGGGCCUCGUCCAGUGUUUCAAGCUUGUUGCCAAAGAAGAGGGCCUGCUGGGCCUGUACGGCGGACUGACUCCGCACCUUCUGCGCGUGGUUCCCAGCGCAGCCAUCAUGUUUGGUACAUAUGAGAGUGCUCUCAAGCUCAUGGGAGCCACCUCUCAUCUGGCGCCUUAUGGAGAAGUGUACAUUGGACGGCGUUACACGGUCGCAGUCACCAGUCCAACGGCCAGGAUAGAGGUGGCCGCCAUAAAGCCGAAGAUUUUCUCCGGACAUCGUCAACCUCUUCCUUUGACUCAACACCGCCUCAUUCAACCUGAACAGCCGCUUUUCUUCCUCGGAACUGAGAAGAUGUCGACCAUCAACCCGGCUACCACUGCCGUCGUGUCCACCAAUCUGGAGGACCAUGGCUUCAAGCUGCUGGCGCGCGGCAAGGUGCGCGACGUCUAUGAGAUCGACAACAAGACGCUGCUGUUCGUGGCAACCGACCGCAUCAGCGCCUACGACGUGAUCAUGAAGAACGGUGUCCCCGAGAAAGGCGCCCUCCUCACCAACCUCUCUACGUUCUGGUUCCGCCAUCUGCGCGCGCAGAUCCCCUCGCUGCGUACGCACUUCAUCUCCUCGGACCUGCCCCCGGCCGUCACCGCCGCGAGCCCGACCCUCUCGCCGGGCCAGCUCUCGACGCUCACGGGCCGCUCGAUGCAGGUGCAGCGCCUGACCAUCUUCCCCAUCGAAGCCAUCGUGCGCGGCUACAUCACCGGCAGCGCCUGGGCCGAGUACCGCCGCGCGGGCACCAUCCACGGCGAGCCCGCCCCGGCCGGCCUGCAGGAGUCGCAGCAGCUGCCGGCGCCCAUCUACACGCCCUCCACCAAGGCCGAGGUCGGCGGCAAGGACGAGAACAUCAGCCGCGCGCGCGCCGCCGCCGUCGUCGGCGACGCCGCCGCCGCCCGCAUCGAGGAGCUCGCGCUGGCCCUCUACAACGAGGCCGCCGCCUACGCCCGCGCCCGCGGCAUCAUCAUCGCCGACACAAAGUUCGAGUUCGGCUUCGACCCGGCCGACCCCGCCCGCGAGGUCGUGCUCGUCGACGAGGUGCUGACCCCGGACAGCAGCCGCUUCUGGCCGGCCGACGCAUACGCCGUGGGCAGGGGCCAGGACAGCUUCGACAAGCAGUACCUGCGCGACUGGCUGACGUCGAAUGGCCUCAAGGGCAAGGAGGACGUCAACAUGCCCGACGAGGUGGUGCGCGGCACCCGCGAGAAGUACCUCGAGGCGUACGAGAAGCUGACGGGGGAGAAGUGGAAGGGCGGUUCCUCCGCUUGA